UCGGUUAUAUAAAAGUCUGGUAUAUUGCAAAUUACAUGAUACCUAAUCCUCCCAAGCUAUGUAUGCCACUUUUGAGAUUAGAAUUUCCAUUUCUUUGGAGAGAUAAAAUAAAUGGUCGUGCUAAGCGAGCUGUAAGAGACCAAUCGUUACCACUUUUAUUGUCGUCUCAUCGUGGCCAUACAAAACCAGUUACAUGUCUCCAAAUAAUUCCUAACGCACGUAUUAUCAUUAGCGGGAGUAUAGAUCAUACGGUACGUUUAUGGACUUUAGGAGGUCGUUACAUAUCAACUCUGGGAACAUUUAGAGAAUGGAUGCCAAUUUUACCUAACAUACCUGCAUAUAAAUAUUUCCAACACUUUAGAUACCCCAUGGAUAUUAAAAGAUCGGCUAGUUCUACUACCAUGAAAGUAAAUUUAAUAUACAAAUAUAACUAUAUAUUAAUAUAUCAAUUACAUACAAUAAUUAAUAUUAAUUUAUAA